ACCGCGCGCGGGCGCCGAGUUGAGGGAGUCAUGGCCCCGCGGCGCCUCCUGUUGGUCGGCGAAGGGAACUUCUCCUUCGCCGCCGCCCUGAGCAAAACUCUGGACCCGAGCAUUCGGAUCACUGCCACCUGCUUCCAGUGCUCCUCCGAACUGGCCGGCGACCCGGUGGCCCAAGAGAACCUGCAGUGCCUGCGAGAGCGAGGUGCGGACGUACGUUUUGGUGUGGAUUGCACCCAGUUGGCAGAUGCCUUUGAAACGCACGACCGGGAGUUCGAUCGAAUUUAUUUUAACUUUCCGCACUGCGGACGCAAAGCGGGAAUAGCCGAGAACAGGAAACUCCUGGCCAAGUUUUUCCAGAGCUCUGCAGAUGUUCUUGCAGAGGAAGGAGAAGUCCAUGUGGCAUUGUGUAGAGGACAAGGUGGGACUCCUGCUGAUAAGCCAACAAGAGAAUGGAAUAACAGUUGGCAAGUAGUUGGCAUGGCAGCUCUGGGGGGAUUCAUUUUAAGUGACGUGCAUCCCUUCAUCUGUGAGUCUGUGCCAGGGUACAAGUGCACUGGAUAUCGGAGUCAGAAUAAGACCUUUAAUUUAGAAGGUGCUUUGAACCAUGUCUUUACCCGGAGCUUACCCUUUGAAGGUUCACAGCCCAGAAUCUUCAGGAUCAAACUGGGUGAUCAGUGGUUUUCCUUUCCAGAACCAGAAGCACUUAUAGGAAAGUUGAGCAGGGAUUUUCUGGAAGCACCUUUUAGCCAUCCUGUCAAAACCAUAAAUGAGAAACUCAUUGCUGAGUUGGGCAAGGUUUUCCCUGUCAAGAGGCUGAAGUGUUCCUACCCUUUGCUGCCACUGGGAGGCAGUGCUUUCACUUCCUGGAACUGUGACAGCCUGUCAGAGGCCUUUUGGAUUAAUCUCCGUGAAGACACCUCAAAUUCAGAGUUUCAAAACGUUGGAACAGCACCAGACACAAAGGAUUUCCUGGUGUCAUUUUCAGAACUUAACCUCCUCAGAACUCCUGAGAGAGACUCUAGGGAAAAAGUACAGGAAGGACUUUCUGGUCAAGCCAGGGUCUGCCUUAGACCUUCGCUCCUAAUUCACCUUCAGGCUGUCAUCCAAGCACCAGACUUUCUCCCAGGUUCUCUGCAUAUCCUCAGCGGACCUGUCUUUCGGAAGUGCUAUAUUUUGCCUUUCACAAUGCCAGCAUUUCAUGAGACUUUACUUAUCCUGGGGUUAAAUGAAGACCUAAAGGAUGGCUGUUUUCAGUCACUACUACAUCACUUGAAGAACAUUCUAAGUGACCUUCUGACACAGACAGGCCUGGAGGGAUCUAAACCACGUAAUUCAGUGGAAUUUACCUUUCAAGCAAAUGGGGAAGAUGUUAUGAUUAAUGUGAAAUCUGAGAAUUUUGGCACAGAUGGUGCCAAGGAUCUAAAUAUUGGAUCUGUGAUCAAAGCGGCUGCCGGUAGUAUGCGCAAAGACCAGGGUUUUGUGUUUGUAUCUAUGAACUUGGACCUAUUAGCCAUGCUUGCCUGGGGAAUCUCAGACUGGAGGAUAUUAUGGACCUUUGAUAGCCGUUUCUUGAAGAAUUUUGUCCCUGGGAAAAUAGAACCUUUCCAAAGCUAUUCCCUAUAUCCUCCUACCUACGUGCAUGAUAUAAGUUUUUGGUUAGAUGAGAAGAAAGAAUUUGAUGAACUUGAAUUUCACACUGUGGCCCGAGCAGUGUCCCAGGACACUGUCAUCUCUGUACAAUUCCUUAGUCGAUUUCAGCAUCCAGAGACUGGACGGGUUAGUCUCUGCUAUAGAAUGACUUACCAGACUUGUGACAAAGCCCUCACCAAACAGCAGGUAAUGUCAAUGCAGUCCCAGUUUAGGAAAACAAUUGAACAACUACUAAAUGUGAUACCCCGGUAGCUCAAUAAAUUUAUUUUGACUGUGU